AUGGUUUACGUUUCCCUCUAUCAACUGCUGUCGCUUGUCUUCGUUGCAUUUAUUGUUCAGUAUGUUACUGGGAUCUUAGCAAACCAUCGACGUCGAAAGGGGGCUAAAGUGCCACCCGGGCCAAAAGGUUGGCCACUUCUCGGUAGCGCGCCAGCGCUGGCAGCCGUCGACAUCAAUGGUAUCAUCGGCAUUUUCAAAAAAUGGGCUAAGCAACAUGGUUCAAUCACUCAAUUUAGUGCGAUGGGCGAUAAGCAAGUUAUUCUUACCGAAGAAAAAGAUGCCAGGGAGCUCUUUGUUAGACGGGGAGCAAAGUAUUCUGAUCGUGGAGCUCCCUAUGCCGUUGAAUAUAUUUCAAUGAAACAAAACCCUGGUUUCAGGCCAAAGGAUGAUGGAUGGCGCCGCCAAAGAAGCAUGAUACAAAGUGCUAUCAACAUCACCUCUAUCAACAAAUACCAGAGUCUCAUGGAUGAUGAAGCAACUUUCACUGUCAACGCGUUGCUAAAGUCGCCAGAAUCCUUUCAUGGGGAGUUCUUACGAUACUCCUACUCAGUGCUGACGACGUCUCUGCUUGGCUUCUCUGUCCGCAGUCCAUCCGAUCCUUUCAUCAAUCACAAUGAAAUUUUCACGGCUGAACUCAUGAACUCUUUCCGACCUGAUUGCUUCCCCGUCAAUGUGUUCUCCGUGCUGAGGAAGAUGCCAAUGUGGCUCCUGCCAAGCUUGAGGACUAUGGAAAGGCUCAGGAAAGAGUAUGUAGGCAAGAUGUGGGAGUUUAGAAGCAAGAUAGAGAAGCUUGUCAAGGAUGGCUCAGCAACAGAGUCUAUUUAUAAACACUUUCUUCUCAACCGGAAGGAGUAUAGUGUCACUGAAGAGGAGUCGGUUCACACUUUUCAGGCCAUGAUUGACGGUGGAACUCGCUCCCCCCACAACAAUUUGUUAACCUUCUUAUUCCUCAUGAUGGACUAUCCGGAGUGGCAAAGGAAGCUUCAAGAGGAGGUUGACCGGGUCGUUGGUAAGGAUAGAAUGCCAAGCUAUUCGGACAUUCCUCAUCUGCCUACUGUGAGAGCUAUUGUGAAGGAGACUGUCCGAUACAGAAGUAUUGUCGCAGAAAUGGGUAUUGGCCAUUGCCUACAAAUGGACGACAUUUACGAAGGCUACUUUUUUGAGAAGGGAACUGUGUUCAACGCGAUAUUUUCGUCUAUCCUUAUGGACAAAGACACUUAUCCAGACGGGAAACUCUUCAAUCCUGCCCGCUGGCUGGAACCUAGUUAUCCGACCUACAAGGAGCCCCUGACCACUUAUCCCAAUUGUCAAGGUUAUCCGGCAUUCGGUUACGGCAGGCGAGCAUGUCCAGGCGUUGACUUCGCGGAGAGGACAUUGGUCAUCAUGUUUGCCAAACUCGGUUGGACAUUGAAUAUUGAAUGGCCAACAGAUGAGAACGGCAACGAGCUUCGGGAGAAGCUGCAGUAUGAGCCGGUGCCAGCUCCGAGGCCCUUGAAGUUUGGUUGCAAGCUUAAGGCUCGAGAUGCGGAUCGAACCAAAAUAGUCGAGGAUGCAGCGGCGCACCUACGUCUACAAUGA